UAAAAAAGGUCCAAAUUUAUAUUGAAACUCGAUAAUAACAAAUUAACAAAGAUGAGCUCUCAGGGCUCCAACGCGUUGAGCGGCGUUGAUUUGAACAACGUGCCCGAAUUAAUUUUGGCACUAUGCAAACAUCUUAGUCGCAAUGAUCCAGUUUUAGUGUCGAAGUUGUAUAAAAAUGCCUCUUUUAUAAUUAAUUCAUCUUCAUAUACAACAGAGCCCACUGAAGAGUUUCUCAUAGCUAAUGCAAUGAGAAAAUUGUUGCCAAGCGAAAAUUUACAAAAAUUUGAGCUACAGUAUAUCACUAUUUGCAAGACUAAUAUCUUAAAGCAGAGGGCAUCUGUCCUAUCUCUGCUUUUGUCCCUGGCUGAAAAACCAAAUGAUCCUAUGAAAUCAACAUCAACUUUUGAUGUCUCAAGUGUCAGUCAAACAAAUUUGAACACCAAAUCUCAAGGGGAUUCAAAGGACAGUUUAGUCUCGACAAUACUCUCAAAAGAUAGUUUAGGACCAAAUGAGCCAUUAGUCAAAGAUACUAAAAGAAAUAAUGUUCUGCAAUGUCCUGCGAAACCUACUAUGUCUCAAGCUACAUCCUUAUUAUCUACUGAUGUUUGGUCUCAUGAAACCAUCCCUUUAACAAGCAAAUUAGAAUGUUUCCACCCCAUCUCCGAGUCUGAACUAUUACAGGGAAUAAUUUACGCCCUGCAAGGCAUUGAGAGCAAGUACAUUAAAAAAGAAGUGGGAAGCACUGGAUUUGUAGUCGAUUACAAGGCUGGGAAAAGUUUAACGGCCGUACAAAAGGGCCUGGUCGAUCGAUUGCUAGGCACCAGCUUCCUGUACUCUCAGCUAAAGCAGUAUUGUGAAGAAAACCAUAAGCAGAGUGGGAUCAUUUGUCAGGCUGUUGUUACAGCACUCAGGGUGGAACUGUGCGAGUAUUAUAGAACACUUGCCAUUCUUCGGGCUAAUAUGCCAGAUAUGACUAUGAGAAAGGCGAUUUACAUUAUGUUUGAUCACCAUCAAAAAUUUGAAUGGCUUGCUUACAUGGCUGAGCAAUGUUCUGAUAAAAAGGGUGGAGCGAUAAUUUCCGCCAUUCAUGGUUUCCUUCAGCACGGCUCGCCAACGGUUCAAGAGGCAGCAACAAAACUUUUAACAGCUGUAUGCAAGCCAUUAUAUACCAUGCUAAGUCGCUGGCUUUUGGAUGGCGAAAUAAACGACCCUUUUAACGAAUUCUUCAUUGAAAUUAAAUCAAUAUCUAAUGCUGAAGAGUUGUGGGAUAACAAGUACUUUGUGAGAAAAAGUAUGGUUCCUUCCUUUAUACACAUGAAUCAAGCCCAUAAAAUUUUGGCAACUGGCAAAAGCAUAAAUUUUCUUAGACAGAUUUGCAAAGAUAGUGGGCAAUUACCGGGUAGAGAAUCGUUACAAAAAUUGUUCAAAACUACAACAGCUGAGGCGCUGUUCGCUCCAGAACAAAACUUGGAUUUUCACGAGACGUUGGAGGAUGUUUACAGAGAGACAUCACUCAGGGUUUUAGAUCUGCUGAAAUAUAAAUUCAAGCUUUAUCAACAUUUGCAGUCGCUUAGACGAUAUUUAUUAUUAGGACAGGGUGAUUUCAUACGGCAUUUAAUAGAAUUAUUAGAUCCGGAACUGAGCAAAAACGCAAGUGACAUUUACGGUCACACCUUAAGCGGAAUAUUGGAAUCCGCCAUCCGAGUGACGAAUGCCCAAUAUGAGGAUGUUGAUACGUUGAGGAGGUUGGUCGUAAAUUUCGGAGGCAGUUCUCAUGGCGACAAGGGUUGGGAUGUGUUCAGUUUGUGUUACGUGAUAGACGGACCAGUUGGAACCAUAUUUCAGCAAACGUUGCCGACAUACAAGGCCCUUUUUGGGGCGUUAUGGAAGGCGAAACGUAUGGAGUUUGUGUUGGCCAACAUGCGCAAACAGCAAAUUACUAUGGCAAAAUUGUUUAAAAAAUUAAAAGAUCUGAGAGUAGUAACACAUAGGAUUCACAUUUUAACUGGAGAAAUGAUACACUUCCUCCAUCAGACUCAAUACUAUUUCUUGUUUGAAGUUUUAGAAUGCUCUUGGGCAGACAUGCUCAAUCAGCUGGAGAAGGCGGAAGGUUUGGACGACGUUAUCAUUGCUCAUCGCACCUUCCUGAACUCGGUAAAGAAAGGCGUUCUGCUUGAACCUGAAUAUAGAGAAAUUUUCAUGGAAUUAAACAGCAUUUAUACAUUGAUCGUUGAGUUCGAAACCUACCAAUCGAGUUUGUAUGUUGCUUCGUUAAAAGAACAUAAAGCGUACACGGAGUAUUGCGAAAAGCGUGACUCCACAGAAAAUUUCGGCUUGACACAAGAUGACGAGAGAAAAGAAACCCAACGUAGGAUGGCUUUCCAAGCGUACCUCAAAAACAUAAAAUAUAACGUGAUCUCGGUUUCGGACAGGUACACUACAUGCAUACAAAAAUAUCUGAACCUUUUGUCGUCCAGUUCCAACAUGAAUUUGCAAUUGUUGAGUGUUAGGUUGAGUUUUAAUGACUAUUAUCGAGUUACAUGACAACGUUUAGACAUUGCGCCAGUAAAUAAAAGUGAUUACGGUUCAGGUAAUGCAAUCACUAAUGUUGAAGUUGUCUCGAAUAAUUUUUUUGUUGAAAGUGUCUCUUCGUCCAGUGAACUAACUCCCACGUUUAGCUUAAUGAAUGAUUUCGAAUCUUCCAGUAAAUAUGGCAGCGUCAAUUCUCUUUUGCAUAAUAACGAGAAAAAGAAAACCAAGCAAAUAUGAUGUUGUAUUGGAUGAAGGGUGUUAUUAUCACAAGUAUAUCUUUUUUCUAGACACCUUUCAUCCGCCAUUCCUAUUUAGUAUACAAUCAAUUAUAAUUUUAGACUGCUUACAUUAUUUACAUUUACUUUUACAUUUUAUGUUAAUUAUUGGAAUAAAUAUAAAUAUGCUCUCUGUA